ACGUCGGUAUUUUCAAGUGACUUGGGACUUCUAAUAGUAAAGUGAAAAAUUGUUUUUCUCUACUGUGCAAAAAAUAGAAAAAAAGAAAAAUUUAGAUAUUUUAUAUUUAAAAUCUACAAAUUGUAUUAAUAAUUUUGAUAAAAACCACAGCACACACUACUUUAAACACAAAUUUUUCUGCUUAAUAAAAAGCUCAACAGUUUUGAGAAGAUAGAAAAUAAGAAAAAACGACAAGUAUAAAGAAAAUAUAAAAAAAGAAAAAAAUGCAAGCAAUCAAGUGCGUCGUGGUGGGUGACGGUGCAGUCGGUAAGACCUGUCUACUCAUUAGUUAUACGACAAAUGCUUUUCCGGGAGAAUAUAUACCCACCGUAUUCGACAACUACUCGGCCAAUGUUAUGGUAGAUGCCAAGCCUAUUAAUCUGGGUCUAUGGGAUACAGCUGGCCAGGAGGAUUAUGAUCGUUUGCGUCCACUAUCGUAUCCACAGACUGAUGUAUUUUUGAUCUGUUUCUCUUUGGUGAAUCCAGCAUCAUUUGAGAAUGUACGAGCCAAAUGGUAUCCAGAGGUACGCCAUCACUGCCCCAAUACACCCAUUAUAUUAGUGGGUACUAAAUUGGAUUUACGAGAUGAUAAGAACACCAUCGAAAAGUUGCGCGAUAAGAAACUAGCGCCCAUCACCUAUCCCCAGGGAUUGGCUAUGGCCAAGGAGAUAGGAGCUGUUAAGUAUUUAGAGUGUUCAGCUUUGACACAAAAAGGCCUAAAGACUGUUUUCGAUGAAGCUAUACGUUCAGUAUUGUGUCCAGUUUUGCAGCCCAAGUCCAAACGCAAAUGUACGUUACUAUAAUUUCACAAAAAAACUGGAAAUUCUUAAGAGAGAGAAAAAAAAUAAGAAAACAAAAGCACACACUUUAACGCAAAAAAAUUAUAAUAAUAACAACAAACUUACAUUGAAACAAAGAAAAUUUGCAAAAACACACAAACACACUAAUAUAGCAAGGAUAUGAAGAAAGGAAAGGAAGCGUUCUGCAGCACAUGCUGUAACGAGGAUAGAUAGACAGACAAGUAAAGGAGUAAUUGUAAACCGCCAGCCAAUAUUUAUAUAUAUAAACAAAACAAAAACAAUACCAAUUUUUUUGUACACUAAUUGUAGCAAUAGUCAAUAAAAUAUGAAGUCAAUAUGGUCUUCCAGACCUUGAUAAAACUAAAAAAAUAUUGUCACCAGGUCAACGUGUUUUAACGUUUAACAAAACAACAAAUCACCAGAUUCAACAUUAAAAAAAAACAAUAUUUUCUUUUCCACAAAAGCUUAUUACAACAUUUACUAACACUUUUUAUUUUUUUGAAAAAAAGGAUAAUUAUUAUGUUUUUUUUUCUAUAGAAAACUAUGACUAACCUUAUUUGUCUUGUAGGGUGUUUUUGUAGGUGUAUUUGAUGCUUAUAUCUUGCUUAUUAAUUUCUUAUUUAGUUUUUUUUUAAUAGUUUCAGUUAUCUUUUCAUUAAAUAUAAAAAAUCUAUAAUACUUGUUUAUUUAAGGCAUUAUAAAUCUUUGAUAAAAGUUUAUAAAUGUUUAAUGUUCUUUCAAAGUGUGAGAAAUUAUUUUCUAUUUUUAACAGAUUUUUUUAAAGUUCUAAUUGGAUUUUUAAUUAGACUUCCUUUCAAACCUAAAGAAUCUUUUAAGAAUUGUAUUUUAAAGUUUUAUUUUAAAUGUUUGAAAGUUUAAUGUUAAAUUUAUAUGUUUUUUAUUUUAUUUUCUAACAGUUUUUGAAAUUUUCUUUAAAUUAAGAGAAUCGUUUAUACCUCUGUGAAGGAAUAUAGAUUAGUUUGUCAAACCGUUUGAAAUAUCUGUCUGUACAUCUGAUCUUGAGUCCGUUUUCUUAAAAUCAACAACAUCAACAGAGUCGGUCUAUGAAGUUUUUAGGUUUUUUUUUUAAUGAAAAUAUAACAUGCUGAUAUCUUUCACCAUGAUAUUACUACAGAUACUUUCUAUUCGGGAAAACUGUUAGAAAAAUAUUUUUAUAGCCAUAUUAGUUUUAGUAUUAAUGAUGUUUAAAUUUAUUUUUCAUUAAAAAAACACAUUUAGAUAAAGUAUUAUAUAAAUUUGUUAAAGUUUUUCGAAAAUUUAACAAUUUUUGCUUACGAAUUAUGAUACAGAAUAAACACUCUAGGUUUAAACUGCUAGAAAUU